AUGAGGAGGAGCGUGGCCGUGGGGGCGGCUCUGCUCCUGGGGACGAUGUGUGCAGGACUGAGCCAUGAGGACAUCCUGGAGUGUCUCUACUACAACGUGAACUUCGAGCUGGAGCAGACCAACCAGAGCGGCGUGGAGCGCUGCGAGGGCGAGGCGGACAAGCGCUCGCACUGCUACGCCUCCUGGAGGAACGAGUCGGGAUCCAUCCAGCCCGUGAGGAAGGGCUGCUGGCUGGACGACUUCAACUGCUACGACCGGCGGGAGUGCGUGGCCACGGAGGAGAGUCCGCAGGUCUUCUUCUGCUGCUGCGAAGGAAACGCCUGCAACGACAAGUUCACUCACCUGCCGGACGCCAUCGGACCGCUGAUCAAAGCCCCGCCCCCUAGCGUUGGCGUGUUAAACGUGAUGAUUUACUGCUUCCUGCCUGUCACCAUGUUGUCUGUCACUCUGCUCACGGCCGUCUGGAUGUACACACACCGCAAACCUCCGUACGGACACGUGGACAUUACAGAGGACCCAGGUCUUCCUCCUGCGUCCCCCCCGCUGGGUCUCCAGCCCCUGCAGUUACUGGAGGUGAGAGCCAGGGGGCGCUUCGGCUGCGUGUGGAAAGCCCAGAUGAUGAAGGAACACGUGGCCGUGAAGGUUUUCCCCGUCCAGAAUAAGGAGUCGUGGGAGAACGAGAGAGACGUGUUCACGACUCCAGGGAUGAGACAUGAAAACAUCCUGAGGUUCAUCGGCUCAGAAGACCGAGGGGGUCACCUGGAGGCGGAGCUAUGGCUCAUCACAGAGUUCCACGAGAGGGGCUCGUUGUGCGACUUCCUGAAGGGGAACGUGCUGAGCUGGGCGGAGCUGUGUCACGUGGCCGAGUCGCUGGCGUGCGGCCUGUCCUUCCUCCACGAGGACGUCCCCCGGCAGAAAGGGGAGGGACCCAAACCAGCCAUCGCUCACAGGGAUUUAAAGAGUAAGAACAUCAUGUUGCGGUCGGACCUCGGCGCCGUCAUCGGAGACUUCGGCCUCGCCGUCCGCUUCGAGCCGGGGCGACCACCGGGGGAGACGCACUGCCAGGUGGGCACGUGGCGCUACAUGGCUCCAGAGGUUCUUGAAGGAGCCAUCAACUUCCAGAGAGACGCCUUCCUGAGAAUCGACAUGUACGCGAUGGGCCUGGUGCUGUGGGAGCUGGUGUCCCGCUGCAAGGCUGCUGAUGGUGCUGUGGACGAGUACAUGCUUCCCUUUGAGGAGGACGUUGGUCAACAUCCGUCCCUUGAGGAUCUACAGGAAGUCGUUGUCCACAAGAAGAUGAGACCAGUGUUCAAAGACCUCUGGCUCAAACACAGCGGCCUGUCUCAGGUGUGUGAGACGGUGGACGAGUGUUGGGACCAUGAUGCUGAGGCUCGUCUGUCGGCCAGCUGUGUGGAGGAGAGGAUCUCUCAGGUCCGCCGCCUCGCCGCCACCAUCGCUCCGCCGACCUCUGACCUCCGGACCCUCUCGACAGUCACGCCUGUUCCCAUGGUAACCAACCACACCCCCAAAGAGUCGAGUAUAUGA